AACAAAGGGAAAAAGGGAAGGGGGGGCCUAAAGUAAAGUAAAGCCUAACUUUACAGGAAGAAAAAGGUGGGCCUUGCCUGCUUGUACUUCUAUCCCAAGUUCCUCCACCACGACACACCACACCACACCAGACCCCCGAGAAUCUCUGGACGAUUUCUUCUUCUUCUUCUUCUUCUUCUUCUUCUUCUUCUUCCAUUAGGGUUUUAUGCAAAAAUUCUUUGCAACAAAGCUUCGUAACCCUCCGAGCUCCUGUUCUCCCCAUUCUGUUCCCGUCAUUGCAGGUGUUUCUCUCUGUUUUCGUUCCAAUCUCACGCUUUGGCUUCUCUUUUAAGGGUUAUUACUAAAUUUAGAAGGUUGUAGACAAAUUCAGCAGGAUUGUGGUUCUUUCAGACAGCCUAUUUCAGUGAAAUAGUUAUUAUCCUGGUAACACACUUUUUGAAGUGUAGACCCUAUUCAGGCUUCCCCUUUGGUUGGUUAGCUCUGUUCCCAGGGAAAGGAGUCACUGAAACAUGGGUCAGCUUUGCGAUUUCUGUGGGGAACAAAGAUCCAUGGUAUACUGCAGAUCUGAUGCUGCUUGCUUAUGCUUGUCCUGUGAUCGAAAUGUUCAUUCUGCCAAUGCCUUAUCAAGACGUCAUUCAAGGACUCUAUUGUGUGAAAGAUGCAAUUCCCAGUCUGCCAUAGUUAGAUGUGUUGAAGAGAAAAUCUCACUUUGCCAAAGUUGUGAUUGGAAUGGGCAUGGGAGCUCUACCUUGGGUUCAGCACAUAAAAGGCAAACAAUCAACUGUUACUCUGGCUGUCCUUCAGCAGCAGAGCUUUCUAGGAUCUGGUCAUCUAUCAUUGAUUCCCCUUCUAUAGACAAUUCUAACUGCGAGCAAGAAUUGGGUUUAAUGAGCAUUGAUGACAACAGUAUCAGUAACCGUUGGGGGCCUCCUGAAGAUAACAGCAUGAUAGACCUUUCUGGUGACAAUAUACUGAAUGAGCUGGAAAAUAUGGAUAAAUUUGGAAUUUUGAUGGGAUCAUCUUCAGUGCCUGCUCUAAACCCCAUUCCUUAUGAUGUAGAUCAGCUGGCUGGUUCCAUGGAUUCAACCACACCAAAGCUAAGCUGUCCUGGAACAAAGGACCUAGGACUUGGUGAAGGUGAUGAUCUUUGUGAAGAUUUCAGUGUCUCUGAUGUUGACUUAAAUUUCGAGAACUAUGAAGAGCUUUUUGGCAUAUCCCAAAAUCAAUCAGAGCAGCUCUUUGAAAAUGGCGGGCUUGACAAUCUGUUUGGAAUAAAGGACAUUUCUGGUGCUGAUUCCAACUAUCAAGAUGAUUUUGUAGCAGAGGGGAUGUCAGUUGGAAAGAUACAGGCAAUGCAGCCUACUUGCAGCAAUGCGGCAUCUGCUGAUUCCAUGAUGAGUGCAAAAACUGAACCAAACCUUUAUUAUCCACCUAGGCAAGCUCAUUCUGGACUCUCAAUUUCAUUUUCUGGCAUGACUGGAGAAAGUAGUGGUGGAGACUACCAAGAUUGUGGAGUGUCCCCAGCACUUCUUAUGGGUGAGCCACCAUGGCAUCCUCCUUGCGCUGAGAAUUCAUUUCCAUCAACUAGCAGAGACAGUGCUGUCAUGCGCUAUAAGGCAAAGAAGAAGAUACGGCAGUUUGAGAAGAAAAUAAGGUAUGCUUCUCGCAAGGCAAGGGCUGAUGUAAGAAGGCGUGUGAAGGGGCGAUUUGUUAAGGCUGGUGAUGCAUAUGAUUACGACCCACUAUGCCAAACCAGAAGCUACUAAGAGUCGAGGUGGUGAGAUAAUAAACAGGCGGAUGUUAAUGACGGGCUUUGAAACUAAGAGAUAAAUAAGUUUCAGCCUUUCAUCACGAGCCAGUGGCAAUGUUUAUUCUGACAAAAGACACUGAAACUGCUCUUGCUUCUAUACGACUUGAAAUCUAAGGGUUGUAAUUACCUUUUUUCCCCAAUGUUUUCCUUCUUCUCGUCACUUCAAAUUGGCCAGGAUUUCGGCUGUUACUCCAUAGCAAGAUGUGUGACGGUACCUCGGCUGCGGGUUUUCAUGGUUAUUUUAUUUUAUUUAUUUAUUAUUAUCUGAGAUAUGUAGCACAGGAUCUUCUAUAUAUGUCAUUGAAGGCGAAAGACAGAUUUUGUUUUUAUCAUUUCAUGCGAGGGGGACCAUGUAGAUAUUACUGUAAAGAGGGAGGAAAGAAAGAGGACAAACUGGUUUUGUAACUUUUUGGUUUUAACUGGGAGUUCAAACUGGUUUUGUAGCUUUUUGGUCUUAAGUUUUAAUUGGGAGUUCAGGACCUUGAAGGAAGGGGCCCUGAAUAUAUAGGAUUCCUAAAAUUUAGGUUUCCUUCUUUUGCCA